AUGUAUCAAAGCCGGAGUGAAUGUUCAUCGGCCACAUCACAUUAUGAUUCGACUAUAAGCUUUACCAACAGCGAAGAGGAUUUAUCAAAUAGAUAUGUAAAGGAACGUGAAGAAGUUUGCCUCAAUUCGUUAAUCCACCUCCUCUCUGUCCUGCGCUUUUCUCUUUCGCUCUCGUCUCUCCUUGAUUGCACGCCUUCACUUUAUCCUACCCUUUUCGAGUUGCUCUUUGGCCGACUUCCACAUCUUCAUCGCAGACCUGUCACGAAAAAGGAGAAAAUCGAGAACAUUGAGAUGGUUUUUGAGACAAUUGAAAAGAUUGUUGGAGUGGAUCUGAGUCAUAUUGAUACCGAAGAUCUUUACGAAGGAGACAUGCUUUGUGUCAUUGAUGCAGUAGAAGUGUUUGUCAAUUUGGGGCGGAUAGGCGAAGAGGAAAAAGAGCAGAUUAGAAUAAGCGUUAGGAAGUUGUGGAAUAGCGACGGGUGGGAAUCGGAAAACGAUGUAUGUAGAGAGGAUAUAAGCUUUCGUCCAUCUCUCUUGACUGAACAAGUCCAAGAUUUUUCCUACCCGUCAUCGAGAUUUAGCAUGUGGCGUGGAGUAGAAUUUGCCAGGCGACAAACUGACGAAGAAGAUGAGAGUUCUGCAAGUAGCAGAACUGUUAAACAUGAUGUGCAAGCUCAUGAGCAAGAUGAAGAAGAAGGUGUCGACGCAGAUGAUGAAGAUGAUGGCGAAGAAGACGAUGAAACGGAUAAUGAAGAAUGUGAAAAAGUUGAUGAAGACGAAGAAUAUGAGGCUGAUAGCGAUAAUUACUCAGAACAUUCUUCUGAAAACAGUAAAGUGACCAUACACGGACGGUGGGGUUAUCCAUAUUGGUUAUCAAGUAAUUAUGGAUGCGGUUUUUAUUCUGAUCAGUAA